AUGGAUCCUGAGCGGACUCCGGAGGAAGCGAGCGGAAAGCCUUGUGACGAUCUGGAUUUGUGGAAGAAAGUGGAGGAGGAGCGUGGCCAAAGAUCAUGGGACCGCUACAACAGGAUCCGUGGUGCACGAGAAAUCAAGGCAUCCGCCCGCGAUGUGGAGGUUUCUAGGCGGCCACCAGCCAGCACGGAGCCUUGUCUCCCCAAAAGGGAGAGAGCAGAGCAACCUGUCCUCCCGGAGGAAGGUAGCCUUGGCCUUGAUGAUCUCUGGCAGCAGGCAGAAGCAGAGCUCCAGCGGCGGCGAGCGCAAGCUGCCAGCAGCAGCCGAGGCCUUCGGGUCUACGACAUGGCUAAGGGAGAAGGCAAAGGCGUGGAGAGGUCCUCUUACCCAAGCAGGGCGGUCACAAGCUCCUGGCAAGGAUCCCUUCAACAGGAGCUACAUGACGGCCGGCAGUACAAGGUUUUGCUCUCUCGCCGAAACAUAGACGACAAGGCCGUGGAGCUUUGGUGCCGUUGGGCUCGCCCGAAGCUCGCCCGGUUUCCCGCCAACGCAGUGAUAACUGUGAUGGACCUGGGCUACAACAAAGUCACCGCCCAAGGCCUGCAAACUCUUCUGACGAUGCUGCGAGAGCUUGAAGUGCCGGUGGAGGCGCUGAGUCUGCACCACAACCAGCUGGCAGAUGAGGCCGCUGAUGCCUUGGCCCAGUUCCUGCAAGACUCGCCACACACCUUGUACGAGCUCAGCCUCACCAAUAACCAGAUUACGGAGCCCGGAGCACGCACCCUGCUCGAAGCUGCAGUGAGAGCCAUGCAGUCCCCCUUAGAGCUCGAGGCAGGUGCCACCACCACGGCUGUCCGAUACCCUGCCUUGCGUGACAGCAAGAAGGUGCCCCUCUGGCUGCGCCUGGGAUACAAUCGCAUUGGGGAUGGCCGGCCCAGCUUCGUGCGGAACUUCCUUCGGAAGACCGAGGCGGAGCUCUUGAAGAUCCGUCAGACUCUGGGAAGCGGGGAGGGCGAUGAAGAUCCUUGGGCAAACUUUGUUGGCCUCCGAGCGGGGGGUACUCGUGCACCGGAUAGCACCACCCACCUCUUUUGUGAGGCGCUCUCCGGCUUGGGCUGCGAUCAGAAACAUUGCAGCCAGCUUUAUCCGGAAUACAAUGGCUUCCCGGCUGGCCCGGUAGUGCACCUCUUCCAGAUUGACCAACAGCUCGACAGAGAAAGCUGCAACUCCUGGCAGGCUCCGCGCCCUCGCCGACACGAGGAGGGCAAGGGGAAGGGUGAGAAGGGUGGGAAAGGCAAGUCCGGCAAGUCUGCAGGCAAGCCUGGCAAAGGUUUUCGAGACUCCCAAGGCUCUGAUGGCAUCCAAAGGGACGCUCCUAGGCAGAGCCGCGAGAAGGAACUCCGGAGCCUCUUCGACCUGCCUAAAGAAGGCGAGAGGCCGACGAGCCCAAACUCAAAGCGAAGUAGGGGCACCUUGGCUUUCGUAGUGCGGGACGUUCUGGAGCCCGAGAGCUUAGGGGCCGAGGUCUCCUUGUGGCCGCUGCGAUCCGGAGAUGCAGUUCGAGUCCUAUAUCAAGGAUCGGAGGAUCUCGGCGAUGGUGGCUACCUGUGGGCUUCGUUCAACGGCCGUGAAGGCUGGAUUCCCACCACAGCCGUAUCCGGCAACUGGAAAGAGAGUCACUCAGGAUGA